UUAAGGGAUGUUUAACCCCUACUUGGAAGUUUUUUAAGCAUAGGUUGAUGUCACCCAUUUGAAGCAAUACUAACAGCAUGUUGAUCAUAAAAGAAUCGGCAGCAGCCAGCAAGUUGAAGCUUUAAUCUCCGUUGGACUCUGACCAAUUCGUAAUUGAAAUCUGCAGCAAACCCAAAUCUUUGUGUCCAAAAGUAUUAGGUUGUUGUCAUGGCAUUGAUUCUAAAGAAUUGGAUGAUUGGUAGUACUGAUGUGGAUGAAGAGUUGCAGCUUAUGAGAAGUAAAAAUGAAGCACUAUGUGCUCGAGCAGCUGAUGUUAACACUCAGCUAGAGGCUGAAGAAAUGCAGCCUGGCAGGAAAAGGAAGCGUCAAGUUGAAAAUUGGUUAAAAAACGUUGAAGAAUUAGAGGCUGAGGUGGGAUAUGUUGAGAAAGAUGUUAAAAGGGGCCAAUUUUCUUCACAUAAGAUGCUGAAGAGAGAUAUUGUUAGCCUAACUCAAGAGAUGGAUGACCUGAUGGAGCAGGGGAAUUUUCCCGGUGGACUAACAUUAGAUGAUCAUGCAUCAUCGAGUGUGCCAUUGGUCACAUCGAAACUUAAAGGUAGAUUGUUUGAAGAAAAUUUGAGAAUGAUUUUGUCAUGGUUAGUAGAUGAAGAUGUGUGCAGAAUCGGGGUGUACGGUUUAGGAGGCAUUGGGAAAACAACAUUAGCAAUGCACAUCCAUAACAAGCUCCAUGAAGAUGUCAAAACUUCAUCAGUGCAUGUUUAUUGGGUGACCGUGUCACAAGAAAAUACAAUAGUCACAUUGCAGAGAAAAAUUGCUAAAGCUGCAAAGGUGGAUCAUCUUUUAGAAGGAGAAACUGAUCAGAUUAAGAGGGCAGCGGUGUUGUCUAAUGCUUUGAAGAAAAGGAAGAAGGUUGUGUUGUUUCUUGACGACAUGUGGAAGCACUUUGAGGUAGAGAAGGUUGGAGUUCCUGUGGGAAAAGAUGAAUGUAAGUUGAUAAUUACUAGUCGCUCUUUAGAUGUUUGUAGAAGAAUGUUGUGUCAACGACGAGUCAAAAUUGAAACUCUUUCCAAAAAGGAAAGCUGGGAGUUAUUCUUGGAAAAGCUCAACAAUUUUGAUGAUCUUUCACUGGAAGUUAGAGAUGUGGCAAAGUUGGUUGCCAAAAAAUGUGCCGGCUUACCACUUGGAAUUCUAACUAUAGCUGGAAGUAUGAGAGGGGUAACUGAUAUUCAUGAGUGGAAGGAUACUUUGGAGGAACUAAAUGAUCCUACGAGGCAUCAUGGUGACAUGGAGACUGAUGUUUUCCCACUCUUAGAGCUAAGUUAUAAUCGUCUGAAUGAUGUAAAGCUGCAAAAGUGCUUUCUUGGUUGUGCAUUUUUUCCUGAGGACUCCAAAUUAAGCAGAUAUGAGAUAAUAAAUUUCUGGGUUUCAGACAGUUUGUUAGAGAAUAUAGAGUCAAGGGAGAAACAAUUAGAUAAAGGGCACACCAUCCUUAAUAGACUAAUCAAUGCAAGCUUGUUGGAAUCAUUGGAUUCUCAAGGAAAUUAUGUGAAGAUGCAUGACUUGAUCAGAGAUAUGGCCAUCAAAAUUGGAAAUAAUACUAGUCGUUUCCUGAUAAGAUCUGGAUUACAACUUACUAGAGUACCGAAUGCAAUAGAGUGGACGGAAGACCUGGUGAAGGUUUCGUUAAUAAGCAAUCACAUUGCUGAUAUUCCAUCCAAUAUUUCUCCGGCGUGCCCUUAUCUUUCAACCCUGUUGCUUACUGAUAACCCCUUGAAAACUAUCCCUGAUUCAUUCUUUUUGCACAUGAUGGGCCUUCGAUUUCUCAGUUUAACUCAAGCACCAAUUAAGAAGUUGCCAGAUAGUAUUUCCGAGUUGAAGAAUCUCUCAGCUUUGGAAGUGGCCGGCUGUAUGAGUUUAAAUUAUGUGCCCCCUUUAUCAAAGCUCGUAAAGUUAAGGGUGCUGAAUCUGAAUUGUAAUGGGUCAUUAGUGGACGUACCUAAAGGGAUUGAAGUGUUACCCAACUUGAGAUUCCUUGGUUUGCAAAGCUGUGACAAACUUUGUGUGCCAUUCCACAGAUUACUAACUGGGCUUUCCUACAUCGAACACUUGGAAAUUGGGUAUGGAAUCAAGAGCGUUUUGGGGACGGAUUUGAUGAAGCUGCAACAUUUGAGGAGACUUAAAGGUUGCUGGAUGUCAGAUGUCAGCAAUUUUAAUAGCUAUUUCAAGUCUCAACAUUUCCAUCAACUAAAAUAUUAUCAAAUUUACAUAGCAAUGAUAGGAUCAACUCACUAUUAUAGCUUCAUUGACAAUGUGUUUGAUAAAAAUGUUGUUGUUUAUGAAUACGGCAAGGACCAAGAAGGUCAAAUCAAACCCAUAGCCCUCCCAGACAAUAUUCAGUUUCUGCAACUAAUCUGUGUUGAUUCGAGCAACCUUCUGGAUGUUAUACCAUCAAUGCAUGGUCUGUCAAGAUUAUCAAGGAUCUGGAUUGGUUACUGUGACAGCCUGGAGCAUGUAUGGUCAUCUGCAUCAUGCUCUGAUCUUGAACUCGAAAGCCUCGAGGAGCUGAACCUUACAGAAUUGGUAAAUUUCAGAGGGAUAACAGUAGAUGGAAAGCUUUUGAGUGGUGCCCUCCGCAAUCUUAAGAAAUUAACAAUAGAGUACUGCUGGAAUAUUGAGGCUCUCUUCACACAGAGUGUUCUUAACCAACUGCAAAACUUGGAGGUUCUUGAAGUACAAGUAUGUUCGGUUUUGAGGGAGCUCGUUUCACUAUCUGACAAUCUUGAAGAUGCAGAAACUGCUGAUAACAAUGAUAAUACUAAAAUGAUUUAUCUCCCGAAGUUGAGGAUCUUACAGCUAAUUUAUCUCCCCAAUCUGGUUACUAUAUGUUUAAAGGGGCUUUUAAGCUAUGAUCACAUCGAGAAUAUAACAAUUAUAAUGUGUCCUUUGGUCAAGAAACUCCCUCUCUCUUUCCCACUCCUCGACGAUGGACAGCCAGCUGCUGCUCCCUUAUCACUUAAAAUGAUUAUGGUUGAAAAAGAGUGGUGGGAGAAACUUGAAUGGGAUAAUCCUGAUUCUGCAUACUUGCUUCAGCCUCUUGUUACGUUCUCAGGUUCACGGUGAACAUUCCUUUGGUCACUUAUAUUAUUGAGUAAAAUCGCAGCUCUGAACAAUGCUUCGGCCACUUAUAGUUUUCACUGCAGUAUUGCUAAAAUAUUGUUCUUUGGUUUCUGAUGCAUAGCGUUCGACAUACGUAGUACUUAACUUAUAAUAGUAUAUGGUGAUAGUUUAAUAUGCUUUGUAUUCCAACCAGGUUAGUUUGGAGUUUUAAAGAGUGAAAAAUAUAGUACUUGUAUUGUAUUGUAUUGUAUCAAUUACUCAAUAGAGAAAAAUUAAACACUGGUGCGUAGAGGGCUGGACAUGGGCUAGAUGUUGAAUAAAUUACAGAAUAAAUCGGGACACUUAUAAGGGCUAGGCCCUAAUUCAAGGACGCACUUUCUCAAAAUUAUAAGGCCAUGGUUACCAUGUUUGGUGUUACACCCUCUGUUUUUAAAUACUUACUCUACUUUCCUUUUUCAGC